GCCUCCAAUGUACAGACAAGAUAGCGCCGUUUGAUUUAACUUUAAUGGUAUCGGAUCUGUUGGAUGCCCACACUAAGCAAUCAAAUGAGCCCUUACUGCACCAAGUUUUAGCCCCUGAAGAUAUAAUCGGCCAGAUAAGCUCGUAUGGUGUUUCACCUGGGAUGGCCAAUAUUCCUCGUAGAGCGGUUAUAGGUUCUUGGACUCGCAGUGGGCUCUUCAAAAACCAUCAAGACAACACGAUGGCUCCAAUAGAGAUAAAGCUCUGGACUAAUCUUUGGAAAAUUCAGGCCCCUCUAAAACUCAAGCUUUUUCUAUGGAAAUCCUUAUCUGGAGCUCUUGUGGUUAAAGAGAGACUGCAAUCAAGGAAUAUAUUGAUUGAUGGAACAUGUAGUACCUGUGGUGAUGGAUGGAAACAAUCUGCCAUAUGCUCUUUGUAUGCAAGAAUGCAAAAGCAGCGUGGAAGUUGUCUGGCUUUCUCUACCACCAUCAGGCUUUUCACC